UGUGGCGCAGCCGCUUCUAACGCGCACCGGCACAUAGGUGAGAUACGAUCUCUGACAGUCGGUCACUCAUCCCGAGAAGAGGGCAGCGGUAACUGGCCAGGCAGAGUAAAAGCAUCCGGCGCGCCCACAUAUCCAGAUCCAGUCUAAAAGGGACAGUUGGAGCAUUUUUGACGCAAGAAGCGCACCGACCACAGUUGGACCUGACAGUUGACCUACAUUAAUCCCCGAACUACCGGCAGCCGAGUAUGGAGCGGAAAAUCCCCGAUUUCGCCGGCACCUGGGAGAUGAAGAGCUCUGAAAACUUCGAGGAACUCUUAAAAAAGCUGGGUGUGAACAUGAUGCUGCGUAUGAUUGCGGUGAAGGCAGCCUCCAAGCCGCUGGUGGAGAUCACGCAGGACGGAGAGACACUGUCCAUUAAAACCUCAACCACAGUCCGCACCACCCACAUCAACUUCACUGUGGGGCAUGAGUUCAAUGAGGCCACGGUGGACGGACGUCCCUGCACGAGUUUUCCACGUUGGGAAACCGACAGUAAAAUCAGCUGUGAGCAGACUCUGCAGAAAGGAGAAGGGCCCAAGACAUCCUGGACCCGAGAGAUCACCAAUGAUGGCAAGCUGAUCCUGACCAUGAGAGCAGACGAUGUGAUUUGCACCAGAGUCUACGAACGACAAUGAACAAGAGCACUUCUCACUUCUCGUCCUUCCAGCCCCCCGCCCUCCUCUCCUGCAUCACCACUUGCGUCACUGGUCCUCUUUGUUAAGGCAGCGCUGGGCGAUAGUCUGUAGUUUUAGUCCACUAUCUCUUCACUAUGUAAUAAAUGUGGUUAUUGUAUCUAGUAUGUCACAUAUCUACACUAUGGUCUUAGCUCCUGAGUUAUCUGUCCCUCUCUCCAGCUCCGUCAAACGUGACCAGCUGGGUUUUAAACAUGUUUGUUGCAUUGUAUGUUGGAUUUGCUGAGUGACAGCUCAUUUAUUUGGCAUUGUGUGUGUGUGUGCAUGUGUGUGUGUGUGUGUGCGUGUGUGUGUGUGGCAGAGGUGUGAGACUAUAUUUGUAGAUGUGUAAACCAAUCUUUGAGCUCUUCCAGUUUCAGGUCAGUUUUGAUGUGUCCCUCCUCUCUGAUCCUUCAGCCCUGCCCCACAACGUUAACCUUUUCUAUCUCACAACGACAUUUUAUAUUUAUUACUACACUAGGAGUCUGAUACAGUACUGCUAAAGUUUUUAUUUUGUGUCUCUUUUAUAUGAAAUGUGAUCAUAGGAAACAACACUUUCUAUGGGAAAACAAUAAAGCAUGAUAUUAACUCA